AUGCUGUCUGUUUCAGUUCUUCUCCAAUGCAACAGUUAUUUCCUGCUUCCCAUUAACCUGCUUUUCUGGGCUGCAUUGGUCCCCAGGACUGGGGCUUCCCCAGUGCCAGAUUCCAACCCUCUGUACCAGUUUGAUGGGCAGGUCCGGCUUCGCCAUCUCUACACAACCAAUGAACGGACCCACCUCCACCUGGAGAUCUUCUCAGAUGGCACAGUGCGUGGCUCCAAAUACCAGAACGCCUUCAGUUUGAUGGAAAUCAAGGCGGUGAAGUUGGGGAUCAUUCGUAUAUUGGCCAAGAAAACCUCUAGAUUUCUUUGCAUGGAUUCUGAAGGACAUCUAUAUGGUUCACUAUUGUACUCAGAAGAGGCCUGUAACUUCCGGGAGAUGCUUCUUCGAGAUGGCUAUAACGUGUACUAUUCAGAGGCCUACAAUCUUCCCGUGAGCCUCAGCGUGGUGGAGAAUUUGACCCAAAGCCAUCAGCUGCCCCCUUUUUCCCAGUUCUUACCUUUAAUUAACAAGGUUCCCCUUGAACCCAUGAUUAUGGAUCAAGAAUACGUUCAACAGGUACAAGACGUCGAGUCAGAUGAUCCCUUCAACAUAAUGAAUCAAAAUCAGAAUCUGAGAAGCCCAAGUUUUGCCUUCAGAUAG